UUUAAAUUUGCCGAACAAAUGUAAAAACCAACUUAUCUGUUAGUAAUUACAUUUUUUAAUUAAUCAUGGCAAAGAGAUUUACAAAGAGUGCCAUCAAUUGGGUUGAAUUUGAAAAACAAGUGCCACCUGAACAGAAAACAAAGUUCUUAGCUUUUAAGGCGAAAGCUGAUAUAUAUUUGCGACGGGUUCAGGCAAAUCCCCCUGAACCACCAAAAAUCAAUUGGGAAGAAUAUCAAAAAAUUGUCCCAGUCAAAGGGCUUGUAGACAAAAUGAAAACGGCAUAUUCAGGAUUUCAGGUUCCUUAUCCAACAGAUACUCUAUCUGCGAAAGUUGACGAGCAAUGGAAGAGUUUGGAGCCAAAAAUUAAAGAAUACUGUGCAGAGAUACAAAAGGAUAUAGAAGUGGCUCAAAAGGAAUUGAAUAGAAUAAAAGCACUACCUAAAUUUGAAGAUAUGACAAUGGAGACCUUUUACGAUGUAUAUCCAAAUGAAGCCUUAGAUCCUGUGAAACGGCCUACGUUCUGGCCACACGAUCCAGAAGAACAGUUAGGUUAUGUGCCUCCACAACACAAGGCAGUUAAAAAAUAA